AGUCGGAUGUCUUUGAAAUUGUUCUCCCAAUCACUGUCUUUGUGCUGAGUGAUGAUGAUUUUCUCCAAGAUGAUGCUGAGGAGCAAGCGGUGUCAGUUCCGGAGUUGAAAAGGGAGGAUGAGCAGGAGGCUAACUUAAACAAUAGCAUUCUCCUAAAAAGUAGCGUGACACAUUCAGAUGACGGUAACAGUUUAAGCAUUUGGGAAGAAAAGACUGCUUCAAAUAAGGAUAAUAGUAUGAAAUACUCUGAAGAAAAAUGUGUUGCUGAGAGUGUGUCUAACAGAUCAGAAUCAUCUCUAAGUGAUGGCUGUGAUGCAGGCAAAGAUAAAUAUCAUCAAAAUUAUGUGUUGCCUGCAUUGUCUUGCAAAACGGAGCUUACAGAGAUAAGUGAAACAGGUGACAGAAAAGAAUGUGAUGGUGAUGACGGCUUUCAGAAGAUUCCUCCUCUCCUUUCCUCUGCUGGCAAUGAAGGUAGAGAUGAGACCGUCAAGACAAGUGCAGAGUUGACACUGGCAGCGAUAUCCAAACAUGAGGAGGAACUUGUCAGUGUUGCAAGUGUUCUUUCUGAUGACAGUCAAGAGAAACAACCAGAAAUCCACAGGGAGAUGGAGACAGUUGUUGAAAUGGAAGAGAUGAAUGCUUCCACUUCUGCUGAAUUAAAUACUACUGGAGGGCAUACUUAUAAGACAUUAACGCCAUUUCCUAAAAAAAGAUACCGGCAACAAAAAGAUGUUUCUCCUCCUGCAAGCCCAAAAGAAUUGCAAAGUCAGCAAGAAGAAUCACCUUAA